CUUUAUUCCUUCCAUUCUUCUGCUUCCUAAUGGCUGAAUUCGUCAAGCUAUCUAUCUUCGGUACCGUCUUCGAGGUUACAACCAGAUAUGUAGAUCUCCAACCUGUUGGAAUGGGAGCCUUCGGUUUAGUGUGCUCUGCCAAGGAUCAACUUACUGGUACCAAUGUUGCUGUCAAAAAGAUCAUGAAGCCUUUCAGUACUCCUGUCCUAUCGAAGAGAACUUACAGAGAACUCAAACUUCUCAAGGCACUGACACACGAAAAUAUCAUCAGCUUGAGCGACAUCUUUAUUUCACCUUUGGAAGACAUAUACUUUGUUACGGAGCUUCUUGGCACCGAUUUGCAUCGACUACUCACAUCCCGACCGCUGGAGAGACAAUUCAUUCAAUACUUUUUGUAUCAAAUUUUGAGAGGAUUAAAAUAUGUGCAUUCCGCUGGAGUGGUUCACAGAGACUUGAAACCUUCCAACAUCUUAAUCAAUGAAAACUGCGACUUGAAGAUUUGUGAUUUUGGAUUAGCUCGUAUCCAGGAUCCUCAAAUGACGGGCUAUGUCUCAACUCGGUAUUACCGCGCGCCCGAGAUCAUGCUUACUUGGCAGAAAUACGAUGUAGCAGUCGAUAUCUGGAGUGCUGGAUGUAUCUUUGCUGAAAUGCUGGAAGGCAAGCCAUUAUUCCCUGGAAAAGAUCACGUUCACCAGUUCUCAAUCAUCACCGAACUCUUGGGUACUCCUCCGGAUGAUGUGGUUGCCACCAUCUGUAGCGAAAACACUUUGCGCUUUGUCCAAAAUUUGCCCAAGCGUGAACGAAUUCCCUUCUCACAGCGAUUUGCCGAGCAGGAGCCUCAGGCAAUUGACCUAUUGGAGAAGAUGCUUGUUUUUGACCCACGAAAGCGUAUUACAGCUACUGAAGCAUUGGCCCACCCAUACCUUUCUCCAUACCAUGAUCCAUCGGAUGAACCUGCUGCACCCGAGAAAUUUGAUUGGUCCUUUAAUGAUGCCGAUUUACCCAUCGAUACGUGGAAAGUUAUGAUGUAUUCUGAGAUUCUCGAUUUCCACAACGUUGAUAAUGUAGACACUUCGCAAUACGUGGGCACUCCAAUCACCGGCGAGUCAUUGCAAGCAUAGAAAUAUCGAAGCGAAACUUACUCCAAACCACCCACCCACAUAAAUCAUAUGAUUUGACCCUUAUUUCUUGUGCCUUUCCUACUCUUACAGUUUUCCUUCUCACAUUUACUUCUCUUUGUACCAUAAAAUUCGAAUGUUCCUUGUUCCAAUGGAGGUCAGUUUUACAUAUGGGCAAUUUUUGC